CGGGAGCCGCGGCGGGGAGUGAGGCGCAGCGGUAGCGGCAGCGGCGGCAACAAGUGCUGGAGCUGAGGCGAGCCGGAGCCGCCCCGACCCCGCCGGGCUGCCCGUCCGCGCCCUGCGCAUGGAGCCGGAGCGGCGGCGGUCGCGGGGCUGAGCCGCAGGCGCGGCUGGGACGUGGAUGCGGCCGCGGUCUCCCGCCCCGCCCCGCCGAGCUGGAGCUGCCCCUGGACAAGAUAUGAGAAAUGAGUGUUGGACGUCGAAGAAUAAAGUUGUUGGGUAUCCUGAUGAUGGCAAAUGUCUUCAUUUAUUUGAUUGUGGAAGUCUCCAAAAACAGUAGCCAAGAAAAAAAUGGAAAGGGGGGAGUAAUAAUACCCAAAGAAAAGUUCUGGAAGAUAUCCAGCCCUCCCCGGGCGUACUGGAACCGAGAACAAGAGCAACUGAACAAGUGGUACAAUCCCAUUCUGAACAGGCUGGCUAACCAGACAGGGGACUUGUACAUGUCUCCUAACACAAGUCAUCUGGGCUACUGUGAACCUGACCCAAGGGUCAUGACAGCUGUGACAGAUUUUAAUAAUCUGCCGGACAGAUUUAAAGACUUCCUCUUGUAUUUGAGAUGCCGAAAUUACUCACUGCUUAUAGAUCAACCGAAGAAAUGUGCAAAGAAACCUUUCUUACUGCUGGCAAUUAAGUCCCUCAUUCCACAUUUCGCCAGAAGGCAAGCAAUUCGGGAGUCUUGGGGCAGAGAAACCAACGUGGGGAACCAGACCGUAGUGAGAGUCUUCUUGUUGGGCAAGACACCCCCAGAGGACAACCACCCUGACCUUUCAGACAUGCUGAAGUUUGAGAGUGAGAAGCACCAGGACAUUCUCAUGUGGAACUACAGAGACACAUUCUUCAACCUGUCCCUGAAGGAAGUGCUGUUUCUCAGGUGGGUGAGCACUUCUUGUCCAGACGCAGAGUUUGUUUUCAAAGGCGAUGAUGAUGUGUUUGUGAACACUCAUCACAUCCUGAAUUACUUGAAUAGCUUAUCCAAGAACAAAGCCAAAGAUUUGUUUAUAGGUGACGUGAUCCACAAUGCUGGACCUCAUCGGGAUAAGAAACUGAAGUACUACAUCCCAGAAGUCUUCUACACUGGGGUCUACCCACCGUAUGCAGGGGGAGGUGGAUUCCUGUACUCUGGCCCCCUGGCCCUGAGACUGUACAAUAUAACUGACCGGGUCCACCUCUACCCCAUAGAUGAUGUUUAUACUGGAAUGUGCCUUCAGAAAUUGGGCCUUGUUCCAGAGAAGCACAAAGGCUUCAGGACAUUUGAUAUUGAAGAGAAAAAUAAGAAAAAUAUUUGUGCAUAUAUAGAUCUAAUGUUAGUACAUAGCAGAAAACCUCAAGAGAUGAUUGAUAUUUGGUCUCAGUUGCAAAGUCCUAAUUUAAAAUGCUAAUGUACAUCUGUGCUACCUACAUUUCACACAGAGGCCUAUCCUGUCUAGUUCCCACAUUGUGCUUUCACAGUAGGGCGACUUCUGUGUGAAGCCAUCAGCCUUGAUGAGUAGCAUCCGGGCCUUCAAGCCCUUCAGUUCCACACCUUUGUGGCCAGAGAAAAGCUGAAGACAAUUCAUCAUGGCAGGAUGGUUAGUUCUGACCCUUCUUCUGGCUGCCGGUCCUCAGUUUCUAAUUUUUCCUUCUCCAAAAUCAAGUUUAGAAUUUGACCAUGAAGAUCUUUUUUUUGUCCUUAUAAUGGUAUACUCCUGUUUCCAUUAUAACCGAUUGGCUAAUUUUGAUUUUGUAGGGCAUGAUCUGGUGUUUUUGUGAAAUGGAAUUAUGUUUAUUUUCAUAAGGUUUUGAUGGAUUUUUAAAAUUGUCUAGAAAGUAGACUGAUGUUAAAAUUCCUGUCACCCCAACAGUAUUCUCCUUGUUAUUAGAACCUGUCACUUUCUUGACAAAGGAAAGUCACUGUGCAGCAUGCGCAGUUCACCUCCUCUGGCCUUAGGCCAUGAGAAGGGCAGAGGAUUUUCUUUUACUUGUGUUUGGUUUGCUGGGUGGCAUCAUGAUAGCUAGCCCAGUUUUAGUAUUUUGGAAAUCCUGAGUGUGAUUCCCUAAUGGCCAACUGAAGACUGAGUAGCCCGACAGCCAUAUGGGUUUGUGAAUGUUCACUGUGAGUCAGGGAAGCAUUUGUGACUUUUGAACUUGAAAUGAAAAGAUAGAAUUUGAAGGCAUUUGCUUAAGUGGCUUGUCAGUUUAAAACUCCAGGAUUCUUCUUGCCAUGUUCCACACAUUGCUUAGAUGAAGCUCUCCGGGUAGUGAUGCUUCCCUCUCUCAGUGUAGAAGUGCCUGUGUUUUUAUUUAUUGUUCAGAUCAAAGACCAAAACAUUUUCUUAAAAAAUAUUUUGUGUAAUAUUUUAUUU